GUGACCCGCGUGCCGCUGCCGGCGGUGACCGACGCUGCGCGCGCGCGGGGUUAGGGAGCGGUUGGCCAACAUGGCGGCGUCGGAGGAGGACGGGGGCUUCGGGGACGGAGAGCGGCUGGAUUUCCUGAAGGAGCGGCACGUGCGGUUCUUCCAGCGCUGCCUGCAGAUCCUGCCCGAGCGCUAUUCGUCCCUGGAGACCAGCAGGUAGCCCUCGCGGAGGUGGGAGAAGGACAAGCGCCUGCCGACGGCGGCUGGGCAUCCCGUGGCGGGUCUCUUCCUCACGUUCAUUCUCGCGUAGAAUAGCCCUCGGAGGUUUUCCCCACAGUGUCAGGGAGCGCAACGGUUCCGGCAGCCCCCGGACCUCUGGACUUGCCCAAGGUUUAAUUUCUAAAUCUGAUUUUCUGCUUUCCUAACCCCGUCCAACUCUCGGACCCCCCCCCAAAAAAAAAAUCCAUGUUGGUUGUGGUAUAGCUCAAAACUGAGGGGAACUCUGUGUAUGCUCUUUGGGUACUCUUGCUCAUGUUAAGCUUCAACCCAAUUGGUAAAAGGUAGAGUUUGGUAUGUAUGUAUGUAUGCAUUCAUUCAUUCAUUCAUUUUCUAUACCGCUCUUCAUCCAAAGAUCUCAGGGUGGUUCACAGCAUAAAAUAUAAACUGACUCUACCCUAGCUUUUCAGAUCAGAGCACUGGUGAAGAGGUGAGGAACGCUUUCUCUUAAAAGCCCACUAAAUUCAUGUGCUUAAACCUAGUGGCUGAACACCCGGCUUUGGUGCUGAGUCUUAACAAGCGUUAAGCCUUGGCUAAACAUGACAUGGUGAGGUCUGUUUCUGUUCUGCUUUCUUGUAAGAUGAACAAAAACAGGAAGGAGGUACAGAAAGAAUGUGAAAAGGAGAAACUUGUUCCCAGAUGUGCCAGCUAAGAUGAUUAUCACAGCUCAACUUGUUUUGGAGUACAAGUUGAGCUUGUUUUGGAAUACAAGUUGAGCGCUCCUUCAUACAAUACAACUUGUUUUGGAAUACAAGUUGAACCCUCUUUCAGAGCCUUGGUCUCAGUUGGGAGCAACACCUCCUUUAUGCAAAGAGAAAUAAUUUUAGUACAGCUCAAAUGCAAAUAUUUUCCUUUAUUGGCUUCACCAGGAUCUUCUCAGUUUCUUCCUCUUCUAUCUUCUCUAUUACCGCUUCCUGACCCAACUUUCAGUUUAGUUCAGUUGUUUCCAAACUUUUUUGGGCCACUGCCCUCUUGGUUCCAUAAACUUGGUUCCCCAGUGCCCCCUACUCUAUAAAAAGCAUUAUUCAGAAUAGUGGUUUGCACAACCUACUAGGGAAAGUAGUAACACAGUAAAAUUCAAAAUAGUAACAAUUACAGUAUUCAAAAUCGAAUUAAGCUAAAUAGUUUUAACUGAACAAAACUUAUCAACUUGAUCCAGUUCAUCAAAGCUUUUAAAAGUCUAAUAGUCUCUUGUUCCCCGCUCAGGGGGUGAUACCACCCACUUUGGGAACCAGUGGUCCAGUUGGUGCUGGAGGAGAUUCUGGCAGCUACAACUACUCCUACUUAACCAAUAAGUAAAAAAAUUGUCCAGUAGCACCUUAGAGACCAACUAAGUUUGUUCUGGGUAUAAGCUUUCAUAUGCACAUGAAAGCUUAUACCCAGAACAAACUUAGUUGUUCUCUAAGGUGCCACUGGACAUUUUUUUUUAAAUUUCGACUGCAUCAGACCAACACGGCUACCUGCCAGAAUCUAUUCACCAAUAAGGUUACGGCAAGUAAAAAGAGCACUUUAGCUUGGUUGCUUUUAAAUAUGAGCAAUGGUUCUUUUCUUCAGUUAUUCUCUUGAACUCAACUCAUUUUCUUACGGCAACGAUGACCAACCAGAUUUUUACUUUAUGCCCUACCUUAAGUGUUGCUUUGGUAAAGCAAUCAGGUAGGCAGGCGUAUAAAUUCCAACAGGGCCUACACAUACUGCACACCACAGCCCCACUCCUUGUACCCUCAGAAUGUGACUUAGAUUAUAUGCCGAACAUAUUUAACAUCAUGUUUAUGUCUAAGAAACUCAGUCAAACUGGGACAGUUUUUUUGAAGUGUUAGAAACGAAAAAAAACCUCAACCCCAUUUAAAUAGAAGGGCUAUUAUCCUACUGUAAGACUGUUGAACUUAUAUAAGUGUAGUCUUAUGCAUACUUGGGAUCAAGCCCUAUUGAAAGCAGUGAUAUUUGCUUUUGAGUAAACAUCCAUAGGAUUGGAAACAGCUUCAGAAUUGCUCUUGGAACAUGAAGGUCUGGAAAUUUGGAAGGAGGGGAAACAAUUUGCUAGAAAAAUUUCUAGAAGUGACAAGAGCUGUGGUGACAAAAAUAUUUUAAAAUUUAUUUAGAAGAAUCCUUUAUGAGUGGUUCUCUUUCUGGUCUGCAAUCUGUAGAAAUCCCCAGUUGGGUAGUUUGCUGGAGAGCAAUGCAAACAUUGCAGAGAGCUGCUAAGAGUUUAGAACUUGAAUAUUAAAGUCAUCUUUAUGAUGUAUGAAAAAAAGCUCAAAGAGUUGGAGGAGAAAUAAAACCCCUUAGAAAAAAAGAGGAUGUUGAAUUUGGUCAGCAAGAAGCAAAUUCAGUUUGAAACCUGAUUUCUCUUUAGGAAUGAAAUCACCAUUUAGGAAAUAGUUCAUUUCCCCCCUACUGGUCAGUUUAAAAGAAAUCAAUUACUUAAGUAGAAAUUAUUUUCUAACAGGAGGAAUUUGUUUAGUUAGCUAAUGGGAAUGAGACCCCUCACUUAAUAUUUUUGUAAACGGUACAGUUGUACCUCAGAAGUCAAACGCCUUGCGAGACAAAUAUUUUGGCUCCCGAACGUCGCAAACGCGGAAGUUGUUAUUCCGGUUUGCGAAUGUUCUUUGGAACCUGAAUGUUCGUCGUAGCUUCCGAUUGGCCGCAGGAGCUUCCUGCAGUCAGUCGGAAGCCACACCUUGGUUCUGAACAUUUUGAAGUCGAAUGGACUUCCGGAAUGGAUUCUGUUCGACUUCCGAGGUAUGACUGUACUAUGAAAGAGCAAGGAGAAAAAAUGUUUACUUUCUAUGUUGCAGCUUUUCUACCAAUGAUUGGGGAAUGCUGACCCACUGAAUAUUAGAUUUAGGAGAAUCCUCCUCAGGGCAGCAGCAUUUUUUCCUUUAAUAUGUUCUCCAGUAUAUGGAGCCACCUAUUAAAGAACCUGUUCUAAUAGCUAUGCAGGUAAUCUGUGCACUUAAUUAUACCAUGGCUCUCAAUAAUGCUGCAAGCAGUGUGAUUAGUUAGUAGUCUGUGAUCUGUGAAAAGCAAAACAGGUUACAAGUAACAAUGGGUGUAGCAGACCUGGAGGUUGUUGCAGAACCCAGUUAGAGGUGAAUAAAAGCAUUGUAACUAAGACUGCAAAGCAAAGUGUACAUUAUGCUUAAUUAUAAGGACUCUUGUCUGACCAAAUCAUUAAUAACUUGAAUUGCUACUGGUCUGUGUCUGGUAACUAUUAUGUGCCACCAAAAUGUAAUUAGAUGACACCUCUGUUUGUAGAGAAAACUGAUGUCACGUGAAUCCAAGAGUGUAUUGCAGAGCUGUCCAAACUUUUCAAGUUGGUGACACUUUUUAGACGUGCAUCAUUUGCGACACAGCAAUUCAGUUUUACUAGCAAACCUUUGCUUGGCUGAACUAUCCCCUUUUCAGCCCUGGGAGGAGCACGGGGAGCAUUUGUGCGACACACCUACACACUGCAGCUGACGCACUAGUGUGUUGCAACACACAUUUUGGAAAGCUCUGAUGUACUGCAACACCUCUGUAGGGGUAUUGUCAAACUCAGUAGCAGGUGGUGCGGGUGAAGCUGCAUUGCUUUUCCAACACCACACAUUGGACACAGCAUGGUGUGCAGUAGUGGGAGCAUCACAUUGGCUCUGCUGCUGCACAUGUGCCAAACUCCCACUGCCUUUCUCCUUCCCCUUCCCUUCCCUUCCCUUCCCUACCUUCCCCUUCCCCUUCACUGCUAUGCACAGUGUUGGAAAGACAGAUUGGCAAUGCAGCCCCAUCCACACUGUUCACUACUCAUUGUACUAGGAAAUUACUAGGUGAACUUCCUGGGUGUUUUAUUAGAUUUAAUUUUGACUUACUUGGCAAAAAUCUGACAGAAUAUGUUCUGGGCAGCAAUUUUGAAAGAUAAAUAUACUCUUAAAGUAGUUUGUGUGGAACUGUGUCAGAUAGGUAUACUAUUAAAACAAAAGACGUUUGAGAAUUAAAGAUAAAGUCAAUUAUGGAAUGUUCUCCUUUUGGAGGUGCACCAAGCACCAACUUUCCCCUUGUUCUAUUGCAAAGUUGAAACCUAGUUGUUUUCUCGGGUAUUUAUGAUUUUUUUAUUGUACCAGUAGUGAGCAGCUCUGUGUUUUAAGAUUACUAUUUAUUGUUUUAUCUCAGGAUGGAUAAAAAUCAAUGAUUUCUUUAAAACAAUAAAAAAAAUUCUACGUCAUGUCAAGAACCUGAGACCUAGGUUCCAAUGCAGCCAUUCAGGCCUCUUCGGCUGGCUCUUGGCACACUCUGUGCCAUACUCCUACCCACCAAUGUUUCAUGAGUGUGUGCAUAAACGCCUCUGACAUUUGUGUUGCUGGAAUGUAACCUACUAUACAAACAUAAGCCACGUCCUUUCUUUGUCCACUUUUGCCUCUGGACCUGCCUGUCACUUUUAUGUGUUCCCUGGAUAGUGGCCCUUGGGUUCAAAAGGUUCCCACCCUUGUUCUAAGUGGUCUAAAUGUUGAAUGUACAACUCAUUAAGAAAUACAGUUGACUCGCAACUUGUGCUGUGGUUUUAGGGAUUGUGUGUAAAGCCAAAAUCUUACAAUAUAAGAACAACCCAAGAACUGUCCUUGUGUGUCCACCUCUACCUUUCCAAAGGCUCUGGAGGUGCUUUCAGCGAGUUUUAAAGCUCUUUCCAUGCCAAGUUUUCUUGCUUUUAAGCUCUCCUCCUUGCUUACCAGGCUCUCUUGCUGGAGCUUCCCAGAACCUGGUAACCAAGUAUGAGAGCUUAAUAGCUCUUUCUGCAUCUAACCUCUCCACCUUGUGUGUGUUUAAUUUGUGCAAUUGCAGUUGGCCAGCCAAACAUAAAGCUGUGAUCAUUCAAGUUGCAAGUUGAUUGUAUGCAACAAAAUCAGUCUCCUUACGAUUCAGAAUAAGGUCUAACAAUAAAAUGCAAAAAUAUUAUCCUAGUAACAACAAUAAUAACAGGGCUCCAAAAUUAAAUCUUCAUCCCAACCCAAGUCCUUAAACAGCACUGCAUCCUGAUAGUUUUAGGCAUCAUGAUCAUCAUGUUUUUCUGGACUCAAAACAAGAUGGUUUGCAUCGCUUUCAAUAGUAACAGUUUUUGUAGCUGGAAUCAGUCAUUGCAUUACUGUCCCAGGCCAGGUGGGAAUAGGCCCUCAAGGCAGGUCUUGCAGGGCUCACAGUUAAGAUGGUCUACGGUUUGCAUUGUUCACACGCAACUGUAUGGAGCCACAUUGUAGGGACACCUGCACCACCUUUUUAUCUGCGUAAUUUCUAGCACCAAAAUGUGUCUGAUUUGUGUUUGUUACCUGUCAGAUUGCAUUUUUCUUCCAUGGCUCUUGGUGCUGAAGACAUUUUUCUUUCCUGAUUUUGAUGCUAAUGAGCCAGUCAUUUUAUAGCUUCUUGAACAUGUUGUUAUUCUGCAUUUAUGUGUGGUCUGCUUCAUCAGUCGGAGAGACUUGUUGGUAUCGGUUUUUCACUCCCUCACUCCAGGUGGAGUUGGUUAGUGAAGCCUGACAGCAGCGUGGCUUUCUGCCUGCAGAGUUACAUGUAAGCCAGCUCCCUGCAGCAUAUUGUCAGGUUGCAGCACUCAUGUCUGUUUUCAGUUCAUGCUGGAGCUGACACAUAACACAGGUACUUCUUUGUGGCUUAGAAGUACGACUUCUCAUGCUUACAAACCAUUUUAUAUCGAUGGCGGGUAGUAAUAUCCUGCUUUUCUUCCCUCGCAGGUUGACAAUUGCUUUUUUUGCACUCUCCGGUCUGGAUAUGUUGGAUUCCUUAGAUGUGGUGAACAAAGAAGAUAUAAUAGAAUGGAUUUAUUCCCUGCAGGUCCUUCCCACAGAAGACAGUGAGUGAGUUUUUAGCUUUUCUCUUACUGACAUUUCAUUACACUCAUUUGUGCUGCUUUUACCUUUUGAUAAUAGAGAGCAAACCCUUGUUCAUAGAGAUGCUGAGCAGUGACCAUCUUACUUGUAACAAUUGAAAGUGCUUAGCAGUACUAAAAUGUAGAUGCUCUUAGCCAGGUCACAGAACUGUGCAGUGAAGCCUGUCAAAGAGCUAUAGUGAGUUAUAGAUGCAGUUGUAUUAAGCAAAGUAGGUUAAACUUUCAAGUAGGGGACCCUCUGCUUUUUUUAAAAAAAAUAUGUUGCUUUGAUGGGUUCUAGAAGGAUAUGUUGAAAUUCUUAAUAUAUUGUUAAAUUAGAAACAUUCAGAAGGUAUUUUGUCUAAUCAUGACAAAACAUGUUCAUGAUAGUUUUUUUAUAAAGCUGCUUAAAUGUGCUUAGAUGGGUCAGUGGCUUUGUUCCUUCUUAAUUGUACUGAAUUUCCUUGUAAGACUUAUUAGCUUAGCUGUACAAGAAAUAUGCAACUAAUAUAACUUGCCAGAACUAUUAUUACAUUAAUGAAUGUUAAGCCAAACCCACCACUACUAUAAGAGAACAAUGGAAGAAUAACAGGGAAACUCAAGCUAAUUGAUAGAACUGAGUCAGAUGUCAAUACAGUAAUGCACUGUUGCCCUACUUGUUGGAAGUCAGUGGUCUUGUACUCUUGUGCUCUCUGCUCCAUCUAGGAGGCAGGCUUUCUGAAAAAGAGAGCAGUACUGGUAGUAUAUACCCCUUCCUCCUUAGUACCACAUCUUGAAAUCACUGGUGUGUGGUAAGAUAUUAGAAACAUUUUAAAAAGAAAUAUACAUAUAAAAUCAGGAUCCUUGUGCCACUCUAUCUCUGAUCACCAAAAGCCAACACAUGCAAGAUAAGGCUAUCUAGUUACUAAUCAUGAUGGCAGUUUACUGUUUUCAGCAUAUCUCUGAAUGCAGGUUUCUGGGGAUCACGAGUUGAAGGAGGCUAUUGUGCUCUUGUCCUGCUUGCGGGUUUCCCUUAGGCAUCUGUUUGGCCACUGUGGGAACAGAAUGUUGGACUGAAUGGGUCUUUGGUCUGAUCCAGGAAUGCUGCUCUUAACGUUCUUAAGCCAAGUGAAAUAUUUAAAAGUCUUGUACUGCUUUCAUUUGAUGCUGUGACUUGGGUUUUGGAGAGUAUGGUGGGAGAAGACUGUUCCACAAGUGUUUCAAAUUAGUUUUGAUAUUGUUCUGACUUCUUUGUACUUUUUAUGAGCCAAUACUGAAAAAAGCAGAAGUCUAAAAAGACUCUCUUCAGAUUAUUGGCAGUUUCACCAAUCAGAUUUAUGGCUAAAAUGGGAUCAGUAUUGACAGGUGUUGCAAAUGGAGUAGUAGUAUACUACAAAAGCUUAAGAAUUAUGAGGUCUAUGAUAAUCUUGUUUUGUUUUUGAACUUACUGCAUACAUGUUUGUUAGUUGUGUGGUGGUGGGGAUAUAUUCUCUACAAAAUAAGACUUCCUCCCAUUACCUCUGAUUUCAGCUGUCUUUAGAAUAAUUCCAGAGGGAUUGUGAGUCUUUUAAUAGCACACACAAAAAUGAGGCUUGCAACAGCUUAACAAACAUAUUUUUUCUCUUUAAGGUGCUACAAGGCUCCUGUUUUGUUCCCUUAGAGUAAUGAUUAGUACAACUCAUUGGAGUGUGUUACAUCUUUUUUGUUGUUGUUGUUAAGGCUUCAAUUGUUUUCAGUAGUAUUACCAUUUAUAUGCAGAACAGCCACUAGAUGGUGCCAUUCCAUAAUUGAAGUGCUAAAUCCUUCCUGUGACAGCUUCCAGAGGGGAAGCUGUGCUAGUCUGCUGCAGUAAAAACAAGGGGCAAGCUACAGUUAAAGUUUUGUGAAACCUUUAAGACUAUCAAAUUUAUUACAGCAGAAGUUUAUACUUUAAUAGGUUUCCUAGACUUUAAGAUGCUGCAAGAGACUCUUACUUGCUGACAACAGCUUGUUGAUUUUUUUUUUGCCUUAGUAAGUAAAGGAUACAGCCAGUUGUGAUGCCUCAGACUUCUCUUAACAUUUAAUCUUUAACUGUAGCUGAUUAAAAAUAUUAAAUGAUUAAAUGAUUAUGAAACUGUCCGCCCCCCAUACUUAAAAAUUCAGUAACAUGGUUUUCGAAGAUUUAGUUUUUUGUGGCACAUAUCAACAGUAGAAGAAGAAGAAGGGGAGUUUGGAUUUGAUAUCCUGCCUUUCACUCCCUUUAAGGAGUCUCAAAGCGGCUAACAUUCUCCUUUCCCUUCCUCCCCCACAACAAACACUCUGUGAGGUGAGUGGGGCUGAGAGACUUCAAAGACUUCAAAGAAGUGUGACUGGCCCAAAGUCACCCAGCAGCUGCAUGUGAAGGAGCGGAGACGCGAACCCGGUUCCCCAGAUUACGAGACUACCGCUCUUAACCACUACACCACACUGGCUACACCACAUAUUAAUAGAUAUGCACUCACAUGAAACAUCCCCACUGAAGCUAAAAUACUUCUUAUUUUCUUAACAUCUCCCCAAACCUGUUUUUAAAUUUUGGAGCUUCAAUAUUAGCCUUAAACAGUCUUCUUGACUAAUUACCAUAAGACCUCAUCUAUAAUAAUUGAUUCAGAACAGCUGCUCUUGUUGUUUUGAAACUGUUGGAUUAACUCCUACUCAAUGAAUAGUGAUCAUGGUUUGUCUGUUAAUCUCCAAUUCUGUGUGGCGUUCUCCAUGGUUGUUAAUUUCUGGAGUGCUUGACUUAAGAAUUGAAGGCUUAUGAGACCUUUAAGGUCAUCUUGCAAAAGGAAACUUAAAAGUAACAAAGCUAAUGAAGGUAUUUAAAAAACCAAAACAAACUCUUGACUAUGAUCCGCAUUCUCUUGGGAUGGGUAAUGAGAUGUUAGUGAAAGAUUCAAGAAAAGCUCUUUGAGCUGAAAAUAAUUUGGCUCUUCUUUCACAGCAGCUUUCUGCAAAACACAAUGAAGACAGGCACUGAAAUGAAAACCUCCUGUUAAUAGCUAGAACCAUGUUCUGAAGCUUCUUCUGUACACUAAUUUAGUGUAUUUUCUGAAUUAAAAUACAAGAGCAAAACCAAGGGUGGCAAUCGACCAAGUUUUACUCGGAGGAGAUCCACUGUAAUGACUAAAUUAGGCCCAUUAAUUUCAGUACUCAAAAUCAAAUUGAGUCACUUACAGUCCCAGGUUAUCAAUUCACAGCUGCAUUCUUUUCACAUAUAGGUUUAGCUUUGCUGGGAAAUGUCACAGCCCACUGUAUUUCAUGGCACUUUGGUAUGUCAGGUUAAAAAGAAGAGAAAAAUCAUCUGUAAAUUCUCUAUAAAUAUUUGCCUUUGUGGAGGACAUUUCAUGGGUUUAACUUAUGCCAUUAUACAUUUACUGUGGCUUUGGGGCCAAUAUGGGAGAGAGAUGUUUUGUUGCAGUUGGAGCAGAUGGAGGCAUCCAGUUGUGCUGCUGCAGAUGCACCAUGGUGUUUUCUUCUCUCUGUGCUCUUCCCAGAGCUCAUUCCUCCUCUGGUCACUGCUAUGGAUACACAAACUGCUUUGCCUCCUUCCCACUCUUGUUAGCCUCCACUAAAUCAAAGAGUCUUCCGUGAAUGGAAGGAUGCAUUGGAUACAACCCACCAUAAAUACUGGAGUGACAUUAAAAAUUAAUAAUAUGUAGGACGACCUUCAUUAUUUAGUAUAUCUCAGAUGGAAAAAACCCUCUUUAAACAAGACUUCUUUGUGCAGGAUGAAUGCUUUGUAUGCUUGUGAUCCUUGGAGAACCCUCUUGGGGGAUCUGACUGGUACUGUUGCAUGAAUAAUAGAGUUUUUCUUUCAGUUUUUAGACAGAGAAUAUACAUAAAAGACAACCAAUUGGUACAUGAACUCUUUAAUAUAAUUGCUGUAAUAAAUUUGUUCUUGUAUGGUUCUAUAUGCCUUACUUUGGCUCAAAGUUUAUAUAGUUGUAUGACAUUUGUGUUGGAGCUGUAUCUUCCUGGCAGCGGACGACAGAACCAUGAGACAGGUGUAAAAUAACUUCUCCUUUUGUACUCAUCACCAGUUGUAUCUUAUCAGCCCAGAACUCACACCUAGAACUCACAGAAACAGUUCUUAAAGUUACAAUCAUCUUUUCUGUUUCUUUGCAGAAUGACUCCUAACAAUUUGUAAAACACAGUUUGUUUUUAUUUAGCUGCUGCUUAUUGCAGCUCUUAUCUCUGCAAACGUGUUAGGCUAGAUCCCAGAACAGGAGCUAUAUUUUCCUGGAAGGUCAGUCUGAGGAGGGGAUAGACUGAAAAUGGCUGGCUGACCAUUUCUACAUCAACUGCGUAGGAUGGAGUGUUUGUAGAACUCAGAAAAUGAUGAAUAUGUAACAGGGUGGAAAAUCUAACCACUCCCAUUGGCCUUCUGUGAAAAAUGGUUGUAAAUGCAGAUCUGCAUGUGGCAGAGCUGCAUUGCCAGCCCCUUUACUCAAAAGUAAGUGGGUUCACAGAGUUCAAUAGGAGUUACUCCAAGUUAAGUUUGUAGGAUAGCAGUCUGAGCUAGGGAAUAUGAUUUGGCAUUAAUCAUGAGCCAGAGAAAGACUUUAAAUUUCAGUAGAAUUGUUUAAAACAAAUAGCUAGUAAUUUGAAAAUGAAUGCACAAAGUUAAACUAGGGUUGUUUUGUUUCCUACAAAGGGUCAAACAUGCAUCGCUGUGGAUUCCGUGGUUCUUCGUAUCUGGGAAUGCCAUUCAAUCCGUCCAAGGUUAGUGAAUACUAGAUGAAAAAAAUUACAGUGCUUUCCUUUGCAGCCUUUUAACAAAUAUUUACAUGAUCAUGAAAUAAGGCUCUGAGGUGAGCAUUUUUUAGAGUAAAAAUAGCACUCUAUUUUUGUAAAUUCUACUCGUAAAUUGAAAACAUUUCCGCGAGGCAGAACAGUGCUCUUAUUAUCGAAGCCAUAUUUUAAUGAAAGCUAGAAAUGGAUGCACAGCUUUUUAAUGUGCUUUAAGCUUUUAAAACCAAUAAGAAUAGAAAUUGGGAAAUUGUCUACUCAGAAGCAAGUCAUCUUGAAUUGAAUGAGGCUUGCUCCCAGAUAAGUAAAGUUAGGAUUGCACCGUAAGUUGCUAAAGUAACUACAUUGAAUGUAUGUGGGCAGGUAGGAUGUGUGUAAGCCUGCGACUUGAUAAUGUAAUGGUUCUGUGAACCUUUGUGACCCAAGAAUUUCAAGUUGAUGUGAACAUAGGGUACUCUGUUCACUUUUCAUAGAAUUGACUAAGCAGUGAAGCUGUGGAACCUCUGCUCAUAUCCUACUUGAGGUCUGUUAAAACGAACAGCAUCUGCUCAGCAGCAGUGCUUGCUGGAGUAUGUGUUCGGUUCAGUUCUUUAUUUUGGAACCACAGGUCUUUCAAGAUGUGCCCACAGAACACUACUUUUAAAAGUAGUUUUGAUUUUAUUCAGGUUUAUGUUGCUUUUAACUUUGCACAAAUCAUGGCCAUUUGCAACUCCUUCGGGUCUUUAUCGGAUGCGAAUCUUGCUCACUCUCUUUCCGUCAUUCCACAGCAUGGACAUGUACAGAAAAAAGGUGUUAACGCAUGACUUACCGUAGUUUUCCAUGUAUAAGACGAGGUUAUUUUAUUUAAAAAUGGUGCUCAAAAUUGGGGGGUGUCAGCUGUGGGCUGUUUUGGUGCUUGCUUUUGGUGAGUGUGGAAACAAUUAGUGGCUUUGUCGAUGUGCGUGCGAUUGGCUGUUGAGGGUGAGCGAUUUUCGGCAAAACUCCCCCUCCAAUACUGUGCAAUUCCCCCCCCCCCAGCUCAAUAACUGUGGGCAAUCUACCCCCAUUUUCUCAAUAUUGAGUCCCAAAAAAGAGUCUUAUACAUGUCUUAUACAUGGGGGUGUGUUAUACACGGGAAAAUGCAGCAAAUCCUCAGAUUAUUGCAGCAUUGCCUGAACACACAUUUGAAUGUUGUGUUCUAAAUGAGGAUAUUCUUCAUAGGAAACCUUCACCUUUAUAACAUGGUUGUCUCAUGUAGUUUGUGGCAGGCGCGAGAAGUGGGGUCCUUGAAGUAUGAACAGCCUGUAGGAUUGAAAGUGUGUUAGAAAGGGAACACAAAUCAAAUACACGGAAUGCAAGUUCAGAGGAGUCAAAUAAGUCUGCAGUGUCAGUGUGCUAGCAGGCUGGCUGCAUGGACAGAAAUUCCAUUCCUAACAUUUCUGUCUUGCUGUUAUCAGGACAGCAUCAGUGUGGUUCUUGUGAGGAAGACACAAAAAUAGAUGCCCUUAAGAUAGACUUAGCAUGAUGGGCAGGCAAACCAACACGUGUGGGCUUUUCUUUACAGUUGUGAGAGGUGUGAAGUCCUUCUUUAAAAAUGACAAGACUUUCUAAAUGCUGCAUAACACAUCAGACUUACAUCAUAUCCAUAUUUCCAUAAGUUUUCAUGGAAAUGAGGGAGAAUGCACAUCCCUAGAAUGUAAGCCACCUGGGCUUGAGCGGCCUCUUUUUAAAAUAGGGUUGCCAUAUUUUGAAGAGCAAAAAAGAGGAUACUAUGAUGGCCUUACAAGCCAAUAAAUGCAAUUUGUCUCAAAAUUUACCUCCUGAAAAAGAGAACAUGUCCUGGAAAAAGUGGACACAUGGCAACCCUGAAAUUCCCAUAAACAGAGUGUGAUUAUUUUUUAGGUUGUCACUAUUUAUAUGGUGUGAUCAUAUUUCUAAAUUUAUUGAAAGUGAUAUUAGAUGUGUGGUGAUAACUCAUUGUAUCCUUUUACAUGGUGCCAGAAUUUUGUAACCUGGAAUCUCUAAUGUAAAUCCCAGAAAAUACUGAAAGGUAUUGUGAAGUCCUUUCUGCAGGACCAGCUUGUUAAAAUAUUUUAUUUAUUUCUCAAGCUGUUUGUCUUUCUAGACUGAACGUUUCAGGAAUAUUUGCAAAGGAAAGUCUACUUUGGUCAACUAUCCUAGUACAGUAGUUGAGAUCUGCCAUACAGGACUAAACUGGCACACUGGAAGCCGCCAUCAGUUCGUAGAAAUCUGUGCAAAAUUCUUCUGGUGCUGGAAAUGUACCCUGGUCUUAAAAUAACUGUCACACUUCCUGCUAUUUGCAUAGCUGUUGCUAUGUGUGGGUCAUGCAGAGGUGGGCAUUUAUAUAUAGCCAUUCAGGCAAUUCUCCUGCAUGUUUCUCCUGCCCAGUGUUAGAAACUGAGAUAUGAAAGCGAGGAGUUAAAUGGCACCUUAAACCUAGGUUAUGGGCACAACAACCGAAUGUCCAGGUGCGCUUUUUUUAAUAACAGGAAUACAAAGCUGAAAAUGAUUUUUCACAUGGUCUAGUCCUUCCCCUGCCCUCCCCUCUAAUAUUCUUAAGAGGGUCUCUUCUCCGGUCUUCAGAGAGUAGCUAGAAGUGGGGAGGCAGAAAAAGGUCCUCCUUUCCUUCCACUCUGCAGUUUAAAUCUGAAAUUUUAGGCUCAGUACUGCGCCCAGAGCUCAGAAACUGUUUGUGCUAAUGAAAGUUCCCUGUCUCAAAAUGUUCCUAGAACAAUGCUCCUGCCCAAAGACACUUCAGGAAAACAAUCUCUGUUUUCUGCUAAAACAAAUGCUUGUUUUGUUAUCCGUUGAUAACUAUAAACUCUAAUAAUAAUUCUAAUUGCAUUUUCUUGUGUUUCAGGGUCCCGGUAUUGCUCAUCCCUAUGAUAGCGGGCACAUAGCAAUGACUUACACUGGCCUUUCCUGCUUAGUUAUUCUUGGCGAUGACUUGAGCCGAGUAAAUAAAGAAGCCUGCUUGGCAGGACUAAGAGCUCUCCAGCUGGAUGACGGGAGGUACAGUGAAUUCUGUGUUGCCAGGUGUUAAAUAUUUUUAGAAAGGAAAAACUGGAUCCAAAUACAUAAUGCACAGUACUGUAAAGGAGGAACUGGCGAGACUGAAUCCAGCGUGAGGAAAGUGAGGACUUGAGCACAGUAAGCAAGAGGAAGCUUACAUACUUUGAGGUCUCUUCUUGCCAGGGAAAGCAAACUCAGACUAGGGUAUUCUAGCAAGCAGAGAUGUCCCCUUCUUCAUUUCACAUAGCACAGACAGGAAGCCUGCAUUCUUACAUUUAAUGGUGUUCUUUCACUGGGGGUUUCAGAGCCUAGUCUUUAAAUGCCAGUGACUUGUUGUCUGUUCCCUAUAUUGCCGGCAACUGGUCAAAGGGCUCUAGGCUACCCAAAACAGCAUUUAGAGAAGUCAGGAGGUCAAGAGACUUUUGCAGAUUUAGGUAGGGAAGAGUACUGUGCUAUAUAGUUUGCUGAAUGUCCUCGGUUCUCCUAUCACAGCAACUCAUUAAAGGUGUACUGUAUAUACUCGAGUAUAAGCCGACCCGAAUAUAAGCCGAGGCACCUAAUUUUACCACAGAAUGGCAAAGGCAGAGGAGGAGGAAGGAGCAGCCUGAAAGGACCCUCACUCGAGUAUAAGCCGAGGGGGGCUUUUUCAGCAUAAAAAUGUGCUGAAAAAAAUGGCUUAUACUCGAGUAUAUAUGGUAAUUCCUGCUGAUCUCCAGAACCUCUUAAUAGACCCUCAUGGACACUCAAAUGCUUUUACUGCUGUUCCAGUCUGGUCUAGAGCCCUUUUCCUUGUUCCAGUGUACCCACAGACAUGACUUUGAUCUCUUUGGCUUGCCUUUCAAACUGAGCAUUCCUCCCUCCAUUGCUGAGACUGGCUCCUUUCAUAGACUGCAGACUUUAUAUAGAUGGAAAAAGUGACUCCUGAAUCUUGGGUGUGGCUGCAACCAAAGCAGCAACAACCAUAAUUUGAUCUUGCUUGUUUUAAUUCUUCUCUAUUUAGUAGCUCAGCAAUAUGCUAGUUUCCAUAAGUUCUAGAAAGCAGAUGCCACCUGGUUGUCUUAAUAUUUGUGGAGAGGGGGUGUAGAAAUCAUGAGCUUUCAUGAAAAGCUGGAAUUACAAAUGCAGAAUUCCUGCUGAUUAUGCCAAACCCUGCCUCUAUCUGUCACCAUUUAGUGAAUGGCGGACCUCCAUAAUUUUCAACAACCUUGGGGGAAGAAAGUUUUAUAACCCUUGCUCUAGGAAGCAGAAAGCCUUGCUAAUGGGACAUGGCACGGAAUAAUUCAGUUUAGUCUCUGCUACUCAGGUGAGUGGUGGGUAUGCUGGCUGGUCAAAAUGGUACUUUCACUAGCUAGUGUGUGUAUGCUGGCUUUGUGGUAAAUGACUGAAAGAGGUCUUGUAAUCACCUGACAGGGUUCUGCUUUCAGCAGGUAAUUAGAUCAUUUUCCCAUAGAAACUGACAGUUUGAAGUAAAUUAUGUUUUGUUCUAAAAACCCCCAAACAAACCCAGAUUGAGAUUCAGUUGAACAGAGUAGUAACUGUUGCAUAACUUCUAUAUGUUUUAGUUUUUGUGCAGUCCUGGAAGGAAGUGAAAAUGACAUGAGAUUUGUGUACUGUGCUGCUUGUAUAUGCUACAUGCUUAACAACUGGUCAGGGAUGGAUACGAAGAAAGCCAUUGACUAUAUCAGGAGGAGCAUGGUGAGUUUUGCAAAUCAUUUUUUUUCAACUUCCUCUAUUCAGAGAAUCUUUUCUUAACAUUUCAUAUGCAUACAUUUUGUAUUCCUGUGUUGAUUGAGGAACUAAAGCAAUAAAGCAGCUUCUUUGCCAGUUUUCCUGCAUCCAAACAUAUUUAAUGCAGGAUAUUAUAGCAUUAAUGCAUAGAUUUGCCUUUGUAAUGAGCAGCAUGAGAGAGACAACAUUAGGAUAUGCUUAAUGAUUUAGGACACAAAGGACUUCUAAAACAUGAAUUUUUAUGAUGCUACAGUGAUAUACGCUACUUAGUUUUUCUUCUUACUAGAAAUAAUGAUGGAUUUCAUGACUGCUAAAUAGCCUCCACUUUGAUAUAAAUUGUUGCCUAUUCUGAUUGUGUACAAGAAAUAUUAAGUAUUCUGUGCAUUCAUUCAUUCAUGGAUAGUAUUAGCCCUUCUGGGCAAUUCAGACUGCAAUCCUUUGUGGAACUUAGCUGUGAGUAAGUCUGAACUUAGUGGGACUUAUUCCUAAAUAUGCUUGCAUACGGUUGCACUGUAAGGCUCCAACAUUACAAUCUUGUGUACGUUUACUUAGAAAUAUGGUACAUAGCCAUAGGAUUUCAAUAUCCAAAAUUCUUAUAUUGCUGCUUUUUAUGAUGUUAUUGGGACACAGGUGGUGCUGUGGGUUAAACCACAGAGCCUAGGACUUGCCGAUCGGAAGGUCGGCGGUUCGAAUCUCCACGACAGGGUGAGCUCCCGUUGUUCAGUCCCUGCUCCUGCCAACCUAGCAGUUCGAAAGCACGUCAAAGUGCAAGUAGAUAAAUAGGUACCGCUCCGGCGGGAAGGUAAACGCCGUUUACGUGCGCUGCUCUGGUUUGCCAGAAGCGGCUUAGUCCUGCUGGCCACAUGACCCGGAAGCUGUACAACCGCUCCCUCGGCCAAUAAAGCGAGGUGAGCGCCGCAACCCCAGAGUCGGCCACGACUGGACCUAAUGGUCAGGGGUCUCUUUACCCUUUACCUUUAUGAUGUUAUUGGCAUACAGACCUUUCAAAAACUGAAAAGCUACCAGUUCAUAUUUUACGUUAACGUUUUCCAUACUAGUGUGAUUGCAACGCUGGAAUCCUGCCCUGUAGCAUGGUGAAAAUAUAAUUGCUGUGGCUAGUUGGGCACAGCUUUACUUAAGGUAUAAAUCUAGUUUAAGUUCAAAUAAUUUUAAUGUUGCCUUUUGUAAGUAUAGAAAUACAGGAUUGUGUUGUGAACAGCAUGAGCUAUUGCCUAUUAUCUGUCAGAGUACAUGGGUUACAGAUUAACAACCCAGGCCCUGAGUUUCCUGUUCUCUUUUAGCUGAUAUGAGUUAAACUUGCACUACAAGUUUGGAAUCUGCACCAGCAGACCAUCAUUAGCAUGGCAGACUGACACUUCCUAGGCACUGUCUCUAUGGGCUUCUCCUAGAGAUGCGCAGUAACCAAUAGGCUGCAGUUUUGCCACCAGUUAUUUCAUAAAAAGAGAAUCCCGCACUGCACCAUCAAUCCUGCACAAUGCCAAGAAUCUGGCAUGCUGUAUUUUUAGUCUUGAUCUGAUGUGCAGAAAGCCAGUAGCUCUUGCAUAGUUAACACUUGUAGUGAGACACUAGAUUUCAAGUACACUUGAUUAUACACUUGAAUGCUCAAGUGUGCUCCAGAAUACUGCUCUUGAAAAGCACGUCAAACAGAUAGUCCUUCUAUGUUUUCCCUCUUUAGUUCAAAUUCUGCCAAAGCCGUAAGCAGUCAGCUCUCAACUGCUGUACAGGAAUGAAUGUGUAGAUUGCCAUUAGGUAAGCUGUGUCCUGGGAGGCGAUUGUGGUAAAGUUGACUUUUAAAAGCUGAAACUUGAAGAAUGCAUCCUGAGCUGCUUGAAAGGUCAAAAAUACUAUUGGUAGUAUAAGGAAAACAGUGAAUGCUAUAUUUCUGAGAGAGACAUAUAAAGGGGAGGGUGAUUACAAAUGUGCUAUGUGCAGUGGCGAAGCUGCAUGCUCCAGCACCGGGGACGGAGAGCAGGCAGGGGCGUGGCAUGUGUCUCGGGGGCGUGGCACGCCGCCCGGCGUGGUGGGGUGUGUGCGGCGCGUGUCUGGGGGGUGGCCGCGAUGGUACCCCCCUUCCUGGGGGCAGUGCACUCCCCCCUCCCCCUGUUCCUCCGCCAGUGGCUAUGUGAAUCUUUUCAUAGAGCAUAGCAGAAUUUUUUUGUGUACAAGCAGAACUAGGCAUUUGGCAGCAAACGUAGGAAUUUGGGGCCCUACCUUUGCUUGUGACAUAUAAAGCAGAGGCAGUGAGGCUUUUGCAGAGAGCCUGCUGCUUUUCCUCUGCAACCUGCUCUCUGCAGUCUCCAGUUGUUGUUGCUGCUGCUGCUGCUGCUGUAUUCUACCAGUUGAUGCCAAGAAACAUCAAACUGGGAGACAUUUACUGCACAGCAAUAUCAGACUUACUCCAUCCCUAUUUCUCACCUGGGACAAAAAUUCACUCCUUCUGUUCACCACCAAGAAAAGGGCAUGGGGCUCCCACAUGUAGUUCCUAGGAAAUUGGGGGGGGGCGGAAUCAUUUGGAGAGUUUUAUAAAAGUAAUUAAGAAAGGUUAAGCACUCCAGAAAAUGCCUCAUCCCUACUUUGCAUGCAAACACUUUGUCCUACCCUACCCUGUAGUGUUCCAUUUCUUUUCCAGCUUAAUAGGUUGGAGGAUAGAGGUGAAUGCUCUGAUUAUCAAAGUCUGCCCCUUUUUAGAUUUCUGUUAUACUAGCAUUCUCUGAAGACAGUGAUGACUUUUGCUUUGUGGUCAGUUAAGAGCAGUGUGAAUAUACCACAUUUUCCCGUGUAUAAGACAAUGUUUUUUGCUAUUACUAUUUUUUAGUAAAAAAUUGGGGCCGUCUUAUACAUGGAUGGUAGUCUAAACCACUGGGCAUCUUGGGCUUGCCAAUUGGAAUAUCGGCAGUUCGGAUUCCCACGACAGGGUGUCCCACACUCCUGUCCCAGCUCUGUCCCAGCUCCUGUCAACCUAGCAGUUUGAAAGCACACCAGUGCAAGUAGAUAAGUAGGUACCGCUGUGGUGGGAAGGUAAAUGGUGUUUCCAUGCGCUCUUGUUUCUGUCACGGUGUUCUGUUGCGCCAGUAGCAGUUUAGUCAUGCUGGCUACGUGACGCAGAAAUCUGUCUGUGCAGAAACGCCAGCUCUCACAGCCUGAAAGCAAGAUGAGCGCCGCAACCCCAUAGUCACCUUUGACUGGACUUAACCGUCCAGGGGUCCUUUACCUUUACCUUUCCAUCUGCUUGUAAGUUACAGUGUCAUUCAUGGUUUUGGCAACCCUAAUUUAAAAUAUUGAUUUCUUAAGUUUGCGUUUAAAAAAAUAGGUGUCAUAUACAUAGAAAAAUAUGGUAUUUGUUAUCUUUGUGCUUGAGAUCUCUCAAAAUUCCCAGCACCAGAAUACAUUAGUGGAGUUUCUUCAUAGCAGACAUGAGUCUCCUAGAAGCAAAAGUAUUAUAUUUAGGAAUUAACAAGCACAAUUAUUCUUAAGUGCUUUUUCUUCUAGAAAAAUAGGUGCUGGUACUCACCAUGAAGUUGUAACAGUAUGUGUGUUGCACUUUUUCACAACAACAAAAGAGUUGCUGGUACUGCGUACUCUUGAGUACCCAACUGGUCUAGAAUAUUUUUGCAGCACUAAUAUUCAAAAUAGCAACUUACCUUGCAACCUGAAUUUUUCUCAGAAAGGGUAAUAUGGAGAAUGGAAAAUGGAAAUACAGGUGAAACUCGGAAAAUUAGAAUAUCGUGGAAAAGUUAUAAUAAUAAUAAUUUAUUACGGCCGUAGGCCCAUACAGAUAAAAACAAGACAUAAAUAACAGCCUGUGCACAUGGGAAAAAAACAGCCGCUAAAACAAUACUAUAACAAUAAGCUACUAUAAGAUGGAAUGGCAUACUACGCCUUAAUUAGCUUGUGGUGCUCCUUGGCGACGCUUUGGGUAAGGACAGCGACCAGGAACCUAGCCACUUUCAGGGUCGUAUGGGCAUCCUUAUCCUGCAAGAUUUGGGCAAGGUGGAAUUUUGGUGGAGUACCCUCUAAUUUCUGUAUGAUUGAUCCCAACAAGUUUGCCCGUGGCACCUUAAAUAAGGGGCAAGUGAACAUAAUGUGCUGAAGCGACUCCGGCAUCUCCUUGUCACAUUCGCACAUGGCGGAGGUUUGGCCCUUUGAGAAUCUAUGUCUCAGGACAUUGGAGGGAAAACAUUAAACCUCGCUUUGGUGAAGGCCAGCCUAUGGGCAACAGUCGAAAGGGAGGAGAGGUAUGAUGGAACGCAAUAAGUUAAAGUGAUACCAAUGUUCUGGGGCGAACAAACACCUCCCCCCAGCAUAUAAUUUUGCUGUAAAUCGAUGUCAUCCAGUCUUUGGCGGAUCAGUCUUUGAAAAAUCAGGCGGAUCAGUCUUUGAAAAGUUCAUUUAUUUCAGUAAUUCAGCUUAAAAGGUGAAACUCAUAUAUAAAAGGUGAAUAUAUGAGAUAGGCUCCCCAAAUCAACACAGACUGUGGAAACUUCACACUGGACUUCAAGCAUCUGGCAUUGUGUGCCUCCCCAUUCUUCCUCCAGACUCUGGGUCCUUGGUUUCCAAAUAAGAUGCAAAAACUGCUCUCAUCAGAAAAGAGAUUUGGGGAGCCAUGUCAUCAGCUGGUGUUGGUCCACUGUGCUUCAUUAAGUCCAGGGUCAACACAGCCGUCUACCAGGAGAUUCUGGAGCACUUCAUGCUUCCUUCUGCAGACGAGCUUUAUGGGGAUGCUGACUUCAUUUUCCAGCAGGACUUUGGCACCUGCCACACUGCCAAAAGUACCAAAACCUAGUUCAGUGCCCAUGGGAUUACUGUGCUUGAUUGGCCAGCAAACUCGCCCGACCUGAACCCCAUAGAGAAUCUAUGGGGCAUUGCCAAGAGACAGAUGAGAGACAUGAAACCGAGCAAUGCAGAAGAGCUAAAGGCUGCUAUUGAAGCAUCCUGGUCUUCUAUAACACCUCAGCAGUGCCACAGGCUGAUAGCAUCCAUGCCACACCGCAAUGAGGCAGUAAUUGAUGCAAAAGGGGCCCAAACCAAGUACUGAGUACAUACAUAUGCAUGCUUCUACUUCUCAGAGGUCCAAUAUUGCUCUAUUUGCAGUCCUUGUUUUGCUGAUUUCUUUUAAUAUUCUAAUUUUCUGAGAUUGUUAAUUUGGGGUUUUCAUCAGCUGUACGCCAUGAUCAUCACAGUUAUAACAAAUAAAGGCGUGACAUAUCUUGCUUUGCAUGUCAUGAGUCUAUCUCAUAUAUUAGUUUCACCUUUUAAGUUGAAUUACUGAAAUAAAUGAACUUUUCCAUGAUAUUCUAAUUUUCCGGGUUUCACCUGUAUUUCUUUUCAACACCGUAUCUACGUUUCUGAGGUGCCCAUGUAUUUCAUUGUAGUGAACUGUUGGUUUAUGUACAGUUCUGGCUUGUACUGAUAAUGUCCCCUUUAUCACAGGCAAAACAGAUGCCAUUGUUAGAAGGGUGCUAUUAUUCAAAGAUGUAGUUUUUGUUUCAACAUCUCCUAUGUUGUCGUUUGCAAGAAAAUAAGGCUCGUUCAAGCUUAUAUGUUUUUAUCAUUGCAGUGCAAAUUUGAAUGCUGCUGAAUAUAAUUUGGUUAGGUAGCAACACCUUUGGCAAGUCAAAUAUUAUUUCAAGUCAGUAUUUUCAUAGACUUAGAUUCUUUUUGUAUUUCUGUACCACAGCCCAUGCCAUUCUAAGGGCCCCUUGACCCGCAUGUAUUCUGUUUUUUUCCUUGGAUUUACUGGUUUGUUUAGUAUUGGGAUACACAAGCUUUAGCACUGUCAAAGUUGGCUCAGUGAAUACUUCGGUACCAAAGGUAAUGUGCAGCAAGAAAUAUUACAGAAAAAUCCAAUGACCAGGAACUGUUUUGAAAACAACUUUCUAGUCUGCUCUAGAAUUGCCCAGCGUCCUAAAGGGCUGUGCUUUAGUUUUGCAUAGCUAUAGUUUGAGCAUAGAGUAAACUUCUCUACACAUUCAGUAAUAAAAUUAGGAAUCUGUAAUUAGGCUAAAAAUAUAUAUUCUGUGCAAACAGCAAAGGCUGCUGUUUGUUUGGCUUUUCACAUUUCCUGUCUUGUGUCAGUCAAACAUAUGAGUGCAAUAAUUAUUGGAAGGGCGGAGGAUUGCAGUUCCUCCUUUAAAAGGGCAAAGUUCCCAGUUAUCUUACAAGCAAGAUGACAACAGUCAGUCUCAGCGUCCAGAUAAACCUUAGGUCAGUGUUCUGUGUUUUUUUAAGUAUCACGAGUUUGGUCCUGGAGUAAACUAGGUCCUCUACCUACCUUCAAGCAAAUUAUUUUAUACUUGGUGUGAUGUUCCAUUCUCAUUGUUUAUGACACACCUGAUUAGCUGGGCAUCCGGUGUCUACAAGUAGCAGAUUAUUUUGAGUCAGCUGAUUAGUUUUUAGGGAAGGGUGGACAUUGUUUGCUGCCUGCAUUCUUCCCCCAACCCUGACCCACAGCAGUCACAACUGCUUGUCAAUGAAUUUAUUGUCUUUUCAUAAUGGCAUUAUCUGGGCUCCUGUAUAGAGUGGAAGAACACCACCACCACCACCACUUCUUCUUCUUCUUCUUCUUCUUCUUCUUAUUAUUAUUAUUAUUAAUGAAUUUGAGCACUGUCUAGCUGUAUACAUUUGGUUAUAACUUUGAAGUUAGUCCAGUGUCUUUGAAAAGUCAUCUCCUAGGCUGUGGGAGACUAGAAAUAACUUUUGGCCAAGGCCAUGUAGUUUUACUAAAAUGAAGUGUACAUUCAAAGGUCUGCAUGAAUGCUUACAUUUGCCUGCCAUUUGCCUUUUCAGUCUUAUGACAAUGGGCUUGCCCAAGGAGCCGGACUUGAAUCUCAUGGUAAGAGUAUUUGUUUUCUUAAGGAUCACUUUAUUACAGUGGUAAUGGGAUAGAACACUUCUGCAAGGAAGAACUGCAUGCACUGAGAAACUUUAUUUUUGAGCUUGGCUUCAUUGCAGGUUAUUGACAAAAUUUGGAUAUGAUGAAUCUUGUGCUGAGAGUCCUCCUUGUGAAAGUGAUAAACAAGCAAUUAGGUCAUUACUUCAACAAGGAGGUCUCAACACAAGAUUCACAAUAUCCAGUUUUUGUCAGUAACUCUCAAUGAAACCAAGUGCAAAAAGGAAGCUUCUUGGCAUGUGCAUCUCUCUUUGCAGAAGUUUUUAAGUGAGCCCAGAUUUGGGGGGAAAUGUGCGUAUGUGGGAGCCUAUGAUAGCAUUGUCAAAUCCCUUAAUUCUUGUGUUACAUCUGCGCCUGGCCUAAAACUACAGGUAAAGUAACAAACAUGCAUACCGUGGUAUAAGUGGGAUGACAAUUGGUUAACAAAACAGUAACAUGGUUGAGUGGCUUACCAGUCGUUUUGUUUGAAAAUUGUUUGUCCAGCUCUACAUAUGCUUAACUCAAUGCCUCCUCUCUCUGCUAGGGUGAAUGACAGUGUAUCACCUAAAAUUGUCUUUUAGAUACAGUAGUUUAUGUAAACUGAGCUUCCUCAGUAGCUCCAUGGAAGACUGAAAACUAUGUUUGGGAAACUCUUGUCUGGUUUUUCAGGUGGCUCUACUUUUUGUGGUAUUGCAUCCCUAUGCCUAAUGGGUAAACUUGAAGAGGUAUUCUCUGAGAAACAGCUGGACAGGAUAAGGAGAUGGUGCAUUAUGCGGCAACAGAAUGGUUAUCAUGGCCGACCUAACAAGCCUGUGGAUACCUGCUACUCAUUUUGGGUUGGAGCAACUCUUAAGGUAACUUGAAAUUUGAAGCAAGACACUGUCAUUCAUAAUCUGCCUUCUGACUGUUUAACUUCUGCAUUAAUAAGUUAAUUUAGGUUGACCUUUAAUAUCAAAGGUGCUAUUUUAUGUCCUAUAGUUUAUUCUAGAAAUUCAUUUUUCUUCUUAAAGAGUAUACAAACUUUGCAAUUCUCUGUUUGUACUUCUGGUGCAUGUUAAAACUGAUAAUGUGUGUUAACACGACAAACCUUUCUUUCAGCUUCUGAAAAUAUUUCAGUAUACAAACUAUGAAAAGAACAGGAAUUACAUUUUAUCAACCCAAGAUCGCCUUGUUGGUGGAUUUGCUAAAUGGCCAGAUAGUCAUCCAGGUAAAUGAACUUUUUUUGCCCACCUACAUGAGAGGGCGAGGGGAAAGGAAAGGGGGCAGGAAGAGAAACCAUAGCCAAAUACUUAUAACAUGAAAAUGAAACAUGAAUACUUUUGGUAUGGUAUAAGAGAGUAGUGACAUUGAACACUAACAGGCUCUUACUCACGCAAAUCGUUUAUAAGAACUUCUUAAGCCAUGAUUUUGGCUUUACAGAUUGUGCUAGCUGGUGUUUUGGUUACAUAACCAGCAGUAGAUUGGUUGAAAACAAUAUUGUGCGCUACAUCCAUAGCGAAAAAGUAGAUGAGAACAAAAGGUGAAGGAAAUUGGAAGUAGAUAUUAGUGUUUGUAUAGUGGCGCUGAAGUAGCACAUUAAGAAAAGGAGUAUGGUGUUCGCAUUUGCGUAAUUGUCCUAAGGAACGAAUCUCUUUCCUAUCCAUUUUUGUUGUUGUGACAAUGUUCCCGUUUAGUUACACAACCCAUUAGCAUAAUAUCUGUUUUGGAACCAUUAUUGAAGAUAGAUAUUGAUGAGGAGAAAUCACUUUCCACAGAGGGAAUAUAUACUGCUUAUCUUGUCUUUGAAAUUGUUAACAAAUGUGUACCAAAGUUUGAUCCUCUAUAUAUUGUAUACCUGCACUUCCAAAAAACCUUUGAGAAAAUACCUUGCCGAAGUCUCCUAAGUAAACUUACCAGUCAUAGGAACUAACCAGAGAAGUUGUGUUGUUGGGUGGCAUGUAAGUAUUGUAAAUAAAUACAUAAGAUAAUACUCUUCCUGUUACAGGUUGGUAAUGGGUUGUAAAACAGGAACAAGGUAGAGGUAAAUGGACAUUUGUUACAAUAAAGGGAUGUAAGUCGUGCAGCCACACAAGGCUCAGUAUGGAGAAUGGUGCUGUACAACUUACUCCUGGAUGACCAAGUUUGAAGAUGGCUUCAUAUUAUUCAGGAUGAUAAAAAUCUAAGCUGAUACUGAAGAGCCCCAUAAGGUGUCUCCAAAUUGCGUGAAAAGCCAGUAAAAUAGCAAGCGAGGUUCAGUUUCAGAAAAUGUAAAAUGAUGCAAAUUGCGGCAAAAGUCCUAAUCAGAUAUGCAUGGGGGUCUGAACUGCUGUGGCUAAUGAGGAAAAAACUUGGGGUCACUGAAAUGUCAAACUGGUGGCAGCAGAGAAAAAAAUUAAAUCAUUCUCAGUGUUGUUAGAACUGUGACCACAACAUGGCUUUUACAGUAUGGCUGAAUUUGGAAUGAUGUGUACGGUUGUAAAUUUAAAAAUAUUGCCAGGGGCCAGAAGACACUGCAAAUUGCUGGAGGCCAUUCUCCUGGGAUGACAGCUUUCCUGUCUGUGAGUUCUUCAUUUACACCAGAGCUGGGCAGGCCAUGGGCUGCAUCCCCCAAAGCCUUCUAGACCUUGCUACCGUUGGAGAGAGAGGUAGAAAUGAUAGGCAGGCAUUUGUGUAUAGGUGCAGAACGCAGCAUGUAGAGCAGCACUUUGGAACUCCACUCUCAGCCCAUCUUCCGUGUGCCGUUGAAAUAUGGAGGGUGCACAUCACCAAUUGAAGCUUUUGUGUGCUAGACCACAAAUGGAGGGCCCUAUAUAGUUGGAACUUGUAGCAUGUGCUGUUUGGUAUGGGGUUGGGGCCAGGAGGUUAUGCCCUUGCUUCCACAUGCAGCUGUAGGCAGUUCAUGAUAGUCUGCCCAGAGCUUUGGCAACCUUGCAAGAAAACUUCUUUUAGGGCUUAUUUUGAGCUGGGGCGGCUAAGCUCUGGAAUGUAUUUUCAAAUGCUAAAACUCAGCCGUGGAACCUGUGAAGUAUGGUAUUAAUGCCUCUGUGUUGGUAUCUCCUGCUUUAGAAGGACAUUCUGACAGUCCCAGCUAGCAUCUUUUCCAGACGUCUGCUAUUCUACAGGAAGGUAGGAUAGAAUCUAUCACUUGUAGCUAGCAAUAAGCUGAUUUAACUAGUUCGUUUUUAGAUCUAGAGCAAUGGAAUAGCUUGCUGAAGUUCUCUGUUUGAGCUAGGGCUUCCUUUCUGUCAUGAUUUGAACCAGAGUCUUCUGUACUAUGUGCCAUGCACUUACAGAGAAUGGCUGAAGAGGUUGGGCUUCUGGAUCAGAGGGCCUAAUUUUCAGGAGUUUCAAGCCUCUGCCAUUCCUUAAACAGCUGAAGUUCUGAUAGCUUCUAAAAUUGUCUUGCUGAGUUGAAUGAGGGGCAUUAAAACUGCUUUUAUCCAUAGAAGUAGUUGGAAAUUGUGCUCAGAAUGCUGGUUUAACUAAGCAUCAUCAUUUAACAGCUUGAGACUUGUGGGAGAAAAGGAAGGAACCACCACAAUUAAGGACUAACCAGGUAUUGAAACUUUGUAAGUCUUAAGGUCUAAACAGCAUAAGCAGUAAAAAAAUGAGGGUUUUGGUCUAGAAAGAUACAGAUCAAAGCACAAAUUCUCCUGCUUCCAUUUCUAUUCUCUUGCCUCUAGGUUGACACCCAUGUUCCUUUCUGUAAGGUAGGGUAGGGAACCUCAGGCCUUGAGAACAAGUUCAGCCUUCCAGGCCUCUCUGUCCAGGCUCUGCCGCUUCCUAAGCCACACCCUUCGCUGUCCCAUGUACUCGAGUGUUUUUGACCGGCUGGAAUGUUUCCUUGAAUUGUGGUGAUGUCUCUUGCUUACCUGAAUGGAGAAAGAGACAGGUAGAAACAUUUGAUUUUCAUGUGGCUGGAAUGUACUUUACUAUCAAAGAAUAAAAAUCUGUUGCCCCCAACCAGCUUUUGCCCUUGUGGUCCUUGUGAGGUUGUUCAUGAUGGGAUGUGGCCUUUGGGCUGAAAAUUUUAUACACAUACACACACACAGCCUUGAUAUAAAGAAAAUGCUUGAGCAUUUUUAGAAAAGAAAAAAACCAGGAUAGCUUUUUCUGUCUUAUUAAUACUUCUCUGGAAGUGUUUCCAGACAUGGGAUAUGACCCAGCAUCCAAAUGUCUGACACCUAGAAGUUAUCCAGAUUCAAAGGUGGUCUUUCAUGAGCAGGAAGGAACUUAUGCUUUUAGAAGCCAUCCUCCCAUGCCUCAUCAUACUGUGGGGGCUACAGUGUAGUGGCGGAACCAGGAAUGCCCAGUUGCAGGAGUAUAUUUUGUUUCUCCAGAUCCAACACACUGUCUCACUUGGUUGACCAGCUGCACUUUUUUAGUAUUAUUUGGUUGUUGGCACCAGCUCUUCAGGUGUGGUUCUGAGCAAGCAUACAAAUUCAAUUUUGUAAAGUUUUGGGUGGAAUGCUGUGUAACGCUAAGGAAGUCUUUACAUUUGCAACAUGUUUCUCCCACCACCACCACCACCACCACUGUGUAUUCCCUAAUUCUGUUUUGUAGGUUCCCUCGGUCUUUUGGGGGGAGGGUGUGCGGUGGGGCAAGCAUAAAUUCAUGUGCUAAUGGAAUGAGUGCAUUGGAUACCACCAUUUAAAUGAUCCUUUCCAUUCACCAAAUAUGCAACAAUUAAAAAAGCAGCAACCACCUUUGUUACCUGUGUUGUGGAAGGAGCGGGGGAAGGGAUUUUCACUUUGAUGGACAGAUCUAGUUGUUAAUCACAGUGAAUUAUUUCCUUGGAGCUUCAAUUCACAAUGAUUUGGAAGAGAGAGGUUUCUUCACACUGGUGGUCAUUCUCUGAAUUUUGGCUCUCAGGUCAGGGCGUUAAUGAUGAAGUUAGACUAUUUGAGUGGCUUCCUUAUUUUCUGAUUUUUUCCUAACAAAGAAUCAAGCAACAUAAUAAAAUCUCCCUCUCUUCUUUUUCAUGGACGGUACUUCCAGGAAUGAAGGCAGAUGGUGAAAAAAUGCAGACUUUUCUGGGUGGGUUAAGCAAGGCACAAUACUGUAGGACAGUGGUUCCCAAACCUUUCUCCUCAUGGAUCGCUUGAAAUUGCUGAGGGUCUUGGCAAAUCACUUGUUUUUCCACCUGUUGUAGCAACUGACAUGCACUGUGCUAGGUUUUUGGUGGAAUUUUUAUAGACGUGCUGUGGACCACUUUUUUAUUUUUUAAGAUUCUGCAAUAUAGUCAGGGUAUGUGUGUAGAGCUUCAGAUUUAACAGAUCAAGUUUAGGCUGUAAUAAUUAAUAGAACUGGAACAACACAGCGGCUCCAAAACAGACUGAGCUGCUGCACACCCCUUAUGUUUCUUUUGGAAUUGCCAUAUAUCUCUUUAAAUACAUGUCAUGACUUUAGUCUUUUGACUGUAUGACCUGGUAUGUGGGAUGUUGUUGGGAACUUUAAAGCAAAUUAUUAGGCACCUGUCCUGUAGUUUAGGACCCUCUAGGUGUUCUAUAGGGCUGGACUACACCUGGUUUUCAACAUCACAAUAUAUCACCAGCUAAACAUUGUGAUAAACUGAUACAUUACAACGUUUGGAAUAAGGAUGGAGCUAUGUAGAGGCAUUGGCUGGCUUCACAUUUUUUUCCACAUUGUGAUUUUUGCAGGACACACACACAAACACACACACCAUAAUUCGCAGUGUAGUGCCAGGUCAAAAAUUAUGAAUCUGAUAUCAUGACAUGGACUUCAAAUUGGUUUGGGAUGAUAUAUAGGGUUGUCAUAUUUCCAAAAGUAAAAACCAGGGUACCCCAAAAGUAGUUGAGCUUUUUAAAGGAAGCCCCCAAAAUUGUUGAGCUGUUUACAAAAAUGCCAAAAAAAAGCGAUUUUCCGAUUGACUUGCCUUUGGAAAUCCCCCCCAGACUUCAAUUCCGCCUUUGAAAUCCCGGUAGUGUCUGGGAUAAUCCAGACAUAUGGCAGCCCUACGAUAUAUAAAUAUAUUGCCCAGCCCUAGUCUUCUGCUAUUUAUAGUCUAAAAUUUGUCUCUUAAAAAAUUAAGAUUGAACUCUUCACCAGGCUUUUUCUCAUUUCUGGAAUAUUGUGUGGAUUCUGACAAAGUUUAAUAUAAAAGCAGGUAUAAUGUGAUGUGCAUGACUACAUGACUGUAUUUUGUCCCAGGAGGCAGAGUAAGGUCAUGACCUUCAGUGGCAUCCCUGUAGAACAGUGGUUCCCAACUGGUGGGCCGUGGACCCCAGGGGGGUCCAUGUAUCCCACCCAGGGGGUUCAUGGCACCAUGCACAUAACAAAAAAUACAAUAGAGAUAACAUUUUUUCAAAAGUAGGGGGUCCAUGGGUUGGCUUUUGAAAAACAGGGGGUCAAUAGCUAAUUGGGAACCAGCGCUGUUGAAUAAUGCAAACUUUUAAUAAUGACAAGUAUGUAUUGCUUCCAGGGGGUGGAUCAGUGCUACUUUAGUGGAAUCACAUGCGCUUGUGUAGCUUGCUUGGUACUUGGCAUCAGGGGUGCCAACUUGCAGAAAAUAUUGGGGUGGGGAGGUAAGCCCUGCCCCACAUAAUCAGUCACAUGACGUAGCACACGCACACCAUUUGAAUGGCAAUACCCAUCAACUUUAGGGGGGCCUGGCUCCCUCAAACAUUUUAUUGGGGGGCACACCAAGGGACCUUGGCCAAGUUGGCACCUAUGCUUGGCAUAUGUGGUCCCUUUCUCUCCACCCCAAUUUGCUGUCUCCCAUAAGCUUUAAUUACUACAGACAGUUUUCAGACAGCAAGAAGGAAUAUUGCGUGUUGAUGCUAUGUUUACUAUUGGCAUGCAGUGAGAUACUUUUUUCUUGAGAAAAUGGCUAUUGUCUACUGCAGAAUAAUGCACGUCCUCUGAUGUCUCCUCCCAGAUGCUCUGCAUGCCUACUUUGGGAUCUGUGGCCUGUCGCUAAUGGAGGAGUCGGGCAUUCGCAAGGUUCACCCCGCCCUGAAUGUAAGCACACGAACCUCGGAGCGCCUUCUGCACCUUCAUCAGAUCUGGGCAACCAAGGACUCUAAACAGUGUUCAGAUACUGUGCACGAUGCCACAUGACUGAUUUCAGACUCCAGUUGAGCUUGGUAGCAUAAUUGUAGCCCAAGGUGAAAAGCCAUGUAUAACCAAUGUGCUCUUUUUAAGUGCUGGAAUCAUACAAUCAAGUUCAUGUCACUGGCAUCAUUCAGACAGCAAAUGGCCUUCAGCCAGUUAUUCUGGACUGGAAUUUUAAAAAAUUGCUUGCCCCUACAGAUGCUGUCUUGGUUUUAAUGAAUCCCUUCAAAGCAAUGUUGUUCUAUUAUAUUACUUUAAACAGUGCAAUGGCAAAGUGUAAUGAUAAUAAAAAGGAUAUUAAAAUGUAUUUAAGUAUUUUCAUACUUAAUCCCUUGAAUUUACUGAAAUUUAUUUGAUACAUUCUUCAUAUAAAGUCUUAUAAAUUAAGUGUUGAUUACUAAAAAAAGGUGUCCUUUUAAGGUAGAUGGCAAUUCUAUAACCUUUGUAAAAAAAAUAAAAAUAAAAAAAAUAAAAACUAUUUUAUUCAUUAUAAUGG